CUCGAGGUGCAAGUCACCAAGCCCACGCCCUACACCUUCGACCUGGGCCUGCUGCUCGCCAACGACCCCAACCCCCUGCCGGCGCCCGACCCCUCGGUGGCCCAGGAGGAGCGUCUCGCCGCCGUCGCCCGGGACGGCGCCCAGUCGCUGAUCAACCAGCUGCUCACCACGCUGCCGCUGCAGUCGACCAAGGACGGCGUGCUGCUGGACCUGCCCGCCCCCGCCACCGCCCUGCCCCGCGAGAAGCCCCUGCCCGCGGCCAAGGAGCCCACCAAGUGGGAGAGGUUCGCCGCCAAGAAGGGCAUCAAGCCCAAGACCCGCGAGCAGCGACGCAUGAAGGGCAAGGAGUUCAACGAGCGCACCGGCGAGUGGGACAAGACCUGGGGCUACAAGGGCAAGCCCAAGGACGGCCUCGUCCCCGACGACUGGGUUGUCGAGGUCGGUGCCGACGGCGAGCCCAAGGGCAAGGCCGACAAGAACAAGAAGAGG